AUGGCCACCCAACAGCCUGAUCUGAACGCGGUGUUCCGCCUCUGGCUCAAGUUCCAGGCCCCCCAGAAGUCCCAGGCGCGACGGAUCCCGGAGAUUGCGAAGCUCACCGAUUUCCAACAUUUUCCAGGCUGGCAUGACAGGGUCAUUCACGUCCUCAGACGCCUGGAUCUCGACAAGUAUAUCCUGCGGGAUGUUCCAGAGCCCUCUGAGCCCACGGAGCGAGCUCAAUGGCAAACCGAACGCGCCGAUAUCGACGAUUAUCUCCAGAAUAUGAUCCCCGACUACAUUCUCUGGAUGAAUCUGAAGGGCAUGGGCUGGGAUAUGCACGCGCAGAAUCCCAAGAGGACGUUUGACCUACUGAUUAAGUACUUUUGUAAGCGUAGUGAUGACAACGACAACGACGAAAACAAACUGUUGAUGGAACUUUGGGGAUGUGCCGGUGAAGGAUAUGACGAGACAGCGCAAUAUAUUACCCGCCUCAACUACCUUAGGCACCGUCACGCUGUCAUGGGAUACAAAAUGGAGGAGCGCAAAUACCUUGGCCCACUCGCAAGAGCGUCAGCGGAGACGUGGGGACAUCCGUACGAGAUUGGCCUUCCCAAGCUUGGUGACCCUAGGCUGACGUGGGAGGCAAUCAUGCAAAGGCUACAACAAAUAGCGGUGGAUCAGCGCACUAUCUCAGUUACCUCUGCCAUAGAUGAAGAGGCCUACCUCAGGGUUUAA